UCUUGUAUUCACAAACAACAAUGGCUACAAUGUUCUGGGUUCUUACUUUACUAAGCCUCACCUGCAUGCUAGAACUCAAUGCCCUAGCACCAGCAACUGUACCAUCAAAGUUGCCACUUACAAUCCCAGCAGCAAUUGCACCAUCAAAGUUGCCACCUACAGCCCCAACAGCAACUGCACCAUCAAAGUUGCUACCUACAGCCCCAACAGCAACUGCACCAUCAAAGUUGCCACCGACAACCCCAACGGCAACUGCACCAUCAAAGUUGCCACCUAAAACCCCAACAGCAACUGCACCAUCAAAGUUGCCACCUGCAACCCCAACAGCAACACCACCUGCAAAUGUGGCACCCAAAUCUGCUCCAGUGACAUCACCGGCUCCAAAGGUUUCACCUGCAUCAACUCCAAUAGUCCCUCCACUGAAAGUGAAACCACCAACAUUAGCACCAGUUCAAACGCCACCUGCCCUCGCACCAGUAAAGGCAACCCCGGUUCCAGCACCUGCACCCACAAAGCAAGCACCGGCUCCUGCACCAAUUACUUCACCACCAAUACCGGCACCAUCACCUGCAAUAAAAGCCCCAACACCAGCACCAGCAGCACCUAAGUCCCCCAAGCACAAGAAAAGAAAAUACAAAUACAAGCACAAGAAACAUCAUGCACAAGCGCCAGCACCAACAAUUAAGAGUCCCCCUGCACCACCAACUGAUAGUAAAGCAGAUGACGACACAACACCAGCACCAGCACCUAGUUUGAAUGGUGCACCAUCAAACCAUCAUCAAGGGAGAAAUAUAUGGGCGACAGCUGGACUUGCUAUCACAGUUUUUCUUGCGGUAACUGUCUACAGCUGCUAGACGGCACAUAGUACUACUAUGGAUUCAUUCUGAAUAAUGAGUGUCAAUACUUCCUAUUCUUUCUUUUUAUUUGCCACGAUCGGACAUUAAUGAAUAUGAAUAUUUGAAUAA